AUGCACUCCCUGCUGCCCAGGCCCCUCAGACUCCAACACAUUUUCGGUUUUCGGAGGAAUGCCCAAGCAGCUACACUGAAGCGGCUACUGGAAGCGCACAUCUUGGACUUCCGACCCCUGGUGGCACUAGAGUCGUGGUACCUCCAGACGAGCGUGAGACAGCGAGGCCGCUGGGUGUUUCCUGGAAUGCGGAAAGGGAUGCUGGAUCCGAGUGGAGACACUUCAGUGAUCCAAAAAUUCCACCGUUCCAACCCAGCGGCGCUCCUCACCAAAUUCGAUAUUUCCCCGGAGACGUAUCGGCAGCGCUUUAGAGCCACCGGAGUUCCUGCUGGAGAGACUCCCACGGAGACCUACCAUCGGCUGCGAGGACUCUACCGUCGCUGGAUUCGCCCCGACAUCCUGUCCAAGGACGCGAUCGGUGAGCUCAUCGUCUUGGAGCAACUGCUGUGUGUGCUUCCGCCGGACGUCCGUAUGUGGGUGAAGGAGCACAACUUGGAGGACGGCCUUACAGCAGCGAAGUUAGCUCUUCAGUACCAGAACGCGCAUCGAGGAUUCACACGCUUUCCCAGUUCGAGUCACCGUCCAGCACCACCACCAGGACCACCUUCUGCACCACCCCCGAGACCAACCCAAGAUGUGAGAGGUACCAAUUUCCAGUCAGCACCCGGGCGAGAGUUUAUCCUUGAGACGGAUCACCGGGCUCUCACCUGGAUCAACACCAUGAAAGACCACAACGCCAGGCUGUCGCGAUGGUACCUUUCCCUACAGCCUUUUAAAUUCACUGUGCGUCAUCGGAAGGGCACGGCCAAUGUUUUUGCGGACUAUCUGUCUCGGUUGCCCAACCUUGGCAACCUUGGGAAGGGGAAGAAUAGUGUGACUGAGUAA